AUGCUCGUGGAACCAGUGGUGAAGAGCAUGACGGCACAGCGACUGGCGGUCGACCUGGCCGCGGUGUUGGCCGUGCUUACAAUCGCUUACGCACUUUACAACUGCCUCGUGCACCCACUUCGGCGCAUUCCAGGCCCUUUUUUGGCAUCUAUCACACCGUGGGUCCAGCUUUAUCACGGUCUGAAGGGAGACCGGCAUCUGUGGCUGCACAAACUCCACAAGAAAUACGGGACGCACGUGCGAGUUGCGCCGAAUUUCGUCUCGGUCAACUCGGACAAGGGACUUCAUGAUAUCUACGGACACGGGAAGAGGUUGCAAAAGGCGGAUUUCUACAAUGCCUUCCCGGCGAUCAAGGGCGUGUACAACACGCACAACGCAAUCGAUAAGACGAUGCACGGCCGCAAGCGGCGCGUGCUGAGCCAGGCAUUCUCAGAGAAUGCGCUGAAGGGAAUGGAGGAUGUGAUGCUGCUGCAUGUGCGACAGCUCUGCGCGGUGAUGGCAGGGUUUGACGAGAAGGAUGAGAGAAAGGGUGACGAUCGCAAGGGCGUCGUGCGCAACAUGGGCAACUGGUUCAGCUACCUGUCGUACGACGUGAUGGGUGAGCUCUGCUUUGGAAAGAGCUUUGACAUGCUCAUUGGCGAUACUCGACGACACAUGAUUGGACUGGUUGAUCGCGCUGCGAAUCGACACUACGUCUGUGGACUGUGGAUGCCGCUGGACCGGUGGCACCUUGACCAGAUCUUCAUUCGAAGACUCACGCAGGACCGAUGGAACUUCAUCAUGAACUCGCGCGUCGAGGCUAACAAGCGUGCUCAGGAACGUGCUCAGGCCGGUCGUGAAGCCAAGAAGGACUUCUUCUACUACCUGCUCAACGCAAAGGACCCCGAGACGGGCAAGGGCCUUAGCACCCCCGAGCUGUGGGGUGAGGCCAACGUGCUCAUGAUUGCGGGCAGUGAUACGACUUCGACCACCUUGGCAGCUACACUGUUCUACCUGGUUCGGUCUCCGGCUGCACUGGCCAAGGUGUGCGCCGAAGUCCGCGGCGCUUUCACCGAGGUCGAGGAGAUCGUGAGUGGUUCACGCCUGAACGAGCUCGGAUAUCUCAAAGCAUGCAUCGACGAGGCUCUGCGCCUCGCACCGGCCGUACCAGGCGCACCACCGCGCGAAGUCAUGGAGGGCGGAGCGGUCGUCGACGGUGUCUUUUUGCCCGCAGGCACGGACUGUGGCACCCCCGUCUACUCCAUCCAUCGCCAGGAGCAGUACUACCGGUCGCCGGAGGAGUAUAUUCCCGAGCGCUGGAUCGAGGGCGCCACCUGCGCAUCAUCGGGCGCAUCGUGGACGACCAGCAAGGAAGAUAUCGAAACGGCACGUCGCGCAUUCUGCCCGUUCAGCAUUGGACCGCGCGGGUGCAUUGGAAAGAGCAUGGCAUUUAUGGAAAUGCGUCUGACAUUGGCACGACUUUUCUUCCUCUUUGACAUGUCGCUGGCAGACCGUCAAGGUGAGGAUGCUGGAGGCCACCUGGCGCUGGUGGACCACUUUACCAGUGCAAAAGAUGGACCGAACGUGGAGUUCUCAAAAGUAAUUCCGACCAGAGCAUAG